GGUGCCGGGCUGACGCCAGCGGGGGACAGGCGGUGCUGCAGGGAAGAGACGGACACAGCAGCUCCAAACCUCCCAGGCACAGGAGGGCUGCCAAGGACACUGCUUGUGCCAAAGGGUUGCAGGAUUGUGGGGUGACCUCGAAUAGCGCUAUCCCUGCGCAAGGUCCCAGAGGAGCCACCAGUGCAGUCUCUGCUACCCUGCAGCCAAAAAGAUGCUGCCUCCCUCACACACCGGGGCGCUGCAGCUGCCUGCCCUGUGGGGUGUCACCCCAAAAGCCGGGCUGUCCUGUUGUGCCCAUAGCCAAGCCUGGCCCCACAGCAGCUCCCCGGUGUCCGGUUCCAUGCCUCCUGUCCGGCCCCGCACUGGUGGGGCUGUGAUGGUGUCGAUGCUUCCUUGGGAAAUCACAGAGACGCUGGAUUCCACCCCCCAGCCAAACAAGAGAAGCUCACCACUCUGGCAGCACGACAUCUCUGCAAAUAUUUGAGCAGUUUAUUGUACCUGGGAUCUGUACAAAAACAUGAUAAGGCAGGGAAGGGCAGCAGUCACAGUCACAGCGGGGGCAGAACAUGAUCCCAGGCACACGUGGAGGGGGGAUUCGCCUGAAAACAGCAGCGGGACAGGGGAUCGCUACUGAGGGGCUGGAGGGGCCUGGAGGUGUCUGGAGGCAAGGGUGUGGGGCCGUGAGUUGGAUUGGUGAACAGUCCCUCAUGACUGACACCGGGCUUUCCGCAGAGCUGUCAGCCCCCACCCGCACUUGUUCCCCCCAAGUCCCCAGCGGGUACCCAGAACACCGUGAAGUGCCCAGCACUGAGCAGGGACACGUUUCCCCAAUUCAUGUCCUGGGACUCGGGCUGGCAAGGAAUGACCCUGCACAGACACGAGCUGUGUGUCCCAGGGAGCCUCAGCCACCAGUCCCCCUUCCCUCGACUCAUCCCGAGCCGCGGUGCCUGCGGUUUUCAUCCCAGGUAGUUUGGGCUCCGGACGGUCACGGCACCCGCAGCGGGCGGCGCGUUCUCCGUGUGCCGGCCCGGUCUCUGCGCGGGGCGAUGUCCCCGCUCCCCCGCGGGGAGCGCUCCCGCGGCCGCCCCGCAGCGCCCGGGCAGUGCCGGCGCCGUGCCCGGCCCGCCGUGCCUGGUGCAUGCCGGGGAGGAGCGAACUGAACCGCCCCCGCUCCCGCCCUGCCCGGCGUCCCCUUCGCCCGCAGCCUUGACCCCGGUGGGCUCUGUGCAAGGUGGGAGAAUGGCUUUUCCCCAGGGCCAGCAGCCCCCCUGAUCCCCUGCGUCCUCCCCGCAGCCUGGCCAGCCAUGGCAGCCUCGUUGAGCCGCCCCUGCUUCAUCUCCCUGCACCUGCCCUACAGGCAGGGCUGGGCCCAGCACCUGGCCAACACCUUUCGCUUCCAGCCAGUGGCCGUGCGGGAGACGCCGCGUGUCCGGCAGCUGGCCUUGCGACGGGAAUCUGCCAUCUUCCUCGUCAACGAGCGCCUGGCACCUGCCAGCACCUCAUCCCGUGAUUUCCUCUAUGACAUAGAUCCCCAGCCCACCUUGGGCACAGCCUCCAACGUCUGCUUCGAGGUGGAUGAUGUGCCAGGGCUCUGCAAGCGGCUGCAGAGCCAGGGAUGCUCCUUGCUGGUGCCCCCCACUGAGCUGAGCGAUGACAGUGGUUCUGUCACCUACGGGGUGGUGAGCUCUGUCGUGGGCAACAUCAGCCACACCCUUUUGGACCGAUCCUGUUACCGGGGUCCCUUCCUACCCGGCUUCCAGCCCAUCCGGGGAGCCCCCUCAGCCACAGGGGAUGGGAUUAAGAUCACUCACUUUGACCACAUCACGUAUGUUUGCCCCCGGGGCGGGGCCCGGGCGGCUCUGGACUGGUACCAGCGCUGCUUUGGCUUCCACCGCUUCCUGCUGAACCCCCAGGAGAGACCAGCUGAAGGGUACGUGCUGGGGGGGCAGGGGGUGGGCAUGCUGCUCCUCGCACUGCAGAGCGCCCAGGGCACCCCAGCACACGGCUGCAAGCUGGUCUUUGCCGAGUCCCUCUCCCAGAAUGGCACCAACCAGGUCGACACGUUCCUGGAGCAGCACGGCGGGGCUGGGAUCCAGCACGUCGGCCUCUGCACCACUGACAUAGUCAGCACGACCAGGGCUCUGCAGCAGCAGGGAGCACGGUUCUUCACACCCCCCACCAUGUAUUACAGCCAGGGGGGCAAAGCACAGGAGAUCCGAGGAGCUGGGCAGGACCCCCAGAUGCUGGCAGAGCUUGGCAUCCUCCUGGAUACCACAGUGCCUGGGGACAAGGGCCGGGCAGGCACUGAUGCCACAGAGAGUUCCUCUCAGGAAUAUCUGAUGCAGAUCUUUACCCAUCCCAUCUUCUCUGAGGAGACCUUCUUCCUGGAGCUCAUUGACCGUCGGGGAGCACCAGGCUUCGGUGAAGGCAAUAUCCGGGCACUGUGGAAAGCUGUGCAAGUCUACAUGGACCAGCAGCAAUAGUGCAACUCUGCAGUCCUCCCUCAGCUCCCCAUCUUCUCCAGUCCAACCCUGGGGCAAGGACCAGAGAUCCCACCCCUGGCAUGGCCCAGGUAGGCAGGGACCAAAGGACGGCUCCAGAUCAAUCCAGAGCUAACUCAGUGUGGGAGCAAGACACUCAGGCCUGAGUCCAGCGGGGGUCUGAGCAUGCCUCAGGAUGUGUGGGAUUUCUCUGCUGCCCUGGGUUCCCCGUGAUUUAUCGACCACAUGUAAAGAACUUUUUGCCUUAGUUUCACCUUAAUUUAUUGAGACUUGAGCCUGCAGCAUGGCCUGUGUGCUGGCACAGAAACACCCCCAGACAUAGAGAGAUGAGGGGCUGCCCGAGGGGAUUGGAUAAUCCAGAGGCCGUGGACAAGGCCACACACUGGCAGCUACACCAGCCCUGGGGGGUGAGUGGUCGCCUCUUGCUUCUCUCAAUUAAAUAAUUAAC